AUUGGAAACGCGUUGGCUGUCCGCCUGUCCGUCUCCCUCUCUUGGUCAAACCAUGACGAUGGUAUAAAGAAGAGCCGUCCUACAAAUCAUAUACGAACCCAUCAGACGACGCGCUGCAACCUCACCCCCUGGCGCGGAUUAGAAACUGCAGAUCAAACCAUUAACCACGCAGCCGGCCAUGGCGGAUCAGGGAGGUACUGGCCAGGAGGAUUCGUAUAAGGGGGGUUUGCUGCCUGUCUUCCCAGAGGAGGAGCCAAAGCAACACCAAGUUACAGUUUCACAUGCUGCUUCAAAGGGGAGAUAUGCAAGGUUUAAACAGAAUUUGAAUGCCAAGGCACAGGAGACAAAGCAACACCACCAUCAAGUUGCCAUCUCAGGCGCCUCUUCAAAAGGGAGGAGUCAAGCUGGUUGGAUGUCCAAGGAGAGGAGCACUGCUGAAGGUAUCAACAUGGAGGAACAUGCUUGGAGGUUUCGGCCUCUGCCCCCACCCAAAUGGACGGGUGACUUUGACAUCGCUUCCAUCGGAAUUCCACCUGUAAUGCGAAAGAGGAAACCUCCGGAGGUGAGGAACGCGCUGCGCGAAAGAAGAGUCGCGGCCAAACAAAAGGAUGCGCGCUACCACGCGGAGGUGGCCCUGCGUAAAUACAACAGAGCGAACAACACCAAGUAUGAGCUGGUGGAGGUAAAAGUGAUAUCCAUAUUUUACGAGUUUGGAGGGGGCGGCGCCCAUUAUAACUUCACAGCUAAGCAGCCUGAGGACCAGCAGAAUGCUGAUGCCGACAGUACCAAGCUAUUCUUCUCUGAAGUCGACCUCUAUUUCCGGAGUGAGAAUGAUGUGAUUAUGUGCUGUAUAGUUGGAGAAAAUGAUGCAGGGCGCUGCUAUGGAUGCGAAAACUACCAGCCUGUUGUUCACCCAAGCAGCCAAGCAUAUGGCGGCGGUAGUAGUACUUGUAUUGACUAUCCUGGUUCGGAUGGCGAUAGCGACAGCGACUAGUAACAUAGCACUUGAAUCCUGGUGUCUAUCACUGGCUUGUGUGGCUAGUCUUCUCUGGUGUAUAUUGACUCGCUUGCCUUUUGCGAGAAUAUCCAUCGCAUGGAGUAGAUAGACGAACUUGACAAAUCUGUCAGUUGGAUGGAGACGCGUGUCGCAACUGAAUGUUAGCGUGUGUUACUAAUCAGAUAAUGACAUUUGCUAUUGUGGUUUGCGUCACGGUGAGUAAAUGGACUCGAGUGAUGUGGACAUUUUUUCUAAACUCCCCCAAAAAAAUUCAAACUGACAUAUGUUUUUGAAAUUC